AGUUUUGCAGAAUAAGAAAGCUAACCUGAAUAUUGGGGGGAAAGACAGAGAAGAGAAACAAGGAUUGAAGACGAGGUUUUCCAGUUUGCAUAAUAUUUGCCUCAUGGAUACAUUUCAUAGCAUUAUUAUGUGAUAUGAGAAGUUAUUUUUCUUUUUUGAAGUAACAUGGAUUUUAUACUACAGAAUCAAGAGAAUUGGCUUUAUAGGAAAUUUUGAUAUAUAAAAAGUGAUAGAGGUUUUUAUAGAUAACCAUGACAACAUCGUAUAUGAAUGGGCAUGUGACAGAGGAAUCAGACAGCGGAAUAAAAAAUCUUGGUCUUGCAUCACCAGAGGAACAUCCGAAACACAGAGAGAUGGCUGUUGACUGCCCUGGAGAUUUGGGCACCAGAUUGAUGCCAGUGCGAAGAAGUGCACAGUUAGAGCGCAUUCGACAGCAACAGGAGGAUAUGAGACGUAGGCGUGAAGAAGAAGGGAAAAAGCAAGAACUUGACCUAAAUUCUUCCAUGAGACUUAAGAAACUAGCUCAAAUUCCUCCGAAGACUGGAAUAGAUAACCCUAUAUUUGACACAGAAGAAGGAAUUGUUUUAGAAAGUCCUCACUAUGCUGUGAAAAUAUUAGAAGUUGAAGACUUGUUCUCUUCACUUAAACAUAUCCAGCACACUUUGGUUGAUUCUCAGAGCCAGGAGGAUAUUUCACUGCUUUUACAGCUUGUACAAAAUAGAGAUUUUCAGAAUGCAUUCAAGAUACACAAUGCUGUCACAGUGCACAUGAACAAGGCCAGCCCUCCGUUUCCUCUUAUCGCCAAUGUACAAGACCUUGUACAAGAGGUACAAACUGUCUUAAAGCCAGUCCAUCAGAAGGAAGGACAAGAAUUAACUGCUUUGUUAAAUGCUCCACAUAUUCAGGCACUUUUACUGGCCCAUGAUAAGGUUGCUGAGCAGGAAAUGCAGCUAGAGCCCAUAACAGAUGAGAGAGUCUAUGAAAGUAUCGGCCAUUAUGGGGGAGAAACUGUAAAAAUAGUUCGUAUAGAAAAGGCUCGGGAUAUUCCAUUGGGUGCCACGGUUCGUAAUGAGAUGGAUUCUGUCAUCAUAAGUCGGAUAGUGAAAGGAGGCGCGGCAGAGAAGAGCGGGCUUCUGCACGAAGGAGACGAAGUCCUAGAGAUCAAUGGCAUCGAAAUCCGGGGCAAGGACGUCAAUGAGGUUUUUGACUUGUUGUCUGAUAUGCACGGUACGUUGACAUUUGUUCUGAUUCCUAGUCAACAGAUCAAGCCUCCUCCCGCCAAAGAAACUGUAAUCCACGUGAAAGCUCAUUUUGACUAUGACCCCUCAGAUGACCCUUAUGUUCCCUGUCGAGAGUUAGGACUGUCUUUUCAAAAAGGAGAUAUACUUCAUGUGAUUAGUCAAGAAGAUCCGAAUUGGUGGCAGGCCUAUAGAGAAGGAGACGAAGACAAUCAGCCUCUAGCUGGACUUGUUCCAGGGAAAAGUUUUCAGCAGCAAAGGGAAGCCAUGAAGCAAACUAUAGAAGAAGAUAAGGAGCCAGAAAAAUCAGGAAAACUAUGGUGUGCAAAGAAGAAUAAAAAGAAGAGGAAAAAGGUUUUAUAUAAUGCCAAUAAAAAUGAUGAUUAUGACAAUGAAGAGAUCCUAACGUAUGAAGAAAUGUCACUUUACCAUCAGCCAGCAAAUAGGAAAAGACCUAUCAUCUUGAUUGGUCCCCAGAACUGUGGCCAGAAUGAACUGCGCCAGAGACUCAUGAACAAAGAAAAAGACCGCUUUGCAUCUGCAGUUCCUCAUACAACUCGGAAUAGGCGAGACCACGAAGUAGCUGGGAGAGAUUACCACUUUGUUUCACGGCAAGCAUUUGAAGCAGAUAUAGCAGCUGGCAAGUUCAUUGAACAUGGUGAAUUUGAGAAAAACCUGUAUGGAACCAGCAUAGAUUCUGUACGACAAGUAAUCAACUCUGGCAAAAUAUGUCUUUUAAGUCUUCGAGCACAGUCCUUGAAGACCCUCCGGAAUUCAGAUUUGAAACCAUACAUCAUCUUCAUUGCACCACCUUCACAAGAGAGACUUCGGGCGUUGUUAGCCAAGGAAGGCAAGAACCCAAAGCCGGAAGAAUUAAGGGAGAUUAUUGAGAAGACGAGAGAGAUGGAACAGAACAACGGCCACUACUUCGACACUGCGAUUGUGAAUUCAGAUCUUGAUAAAGCCUAUCAGGAACUGCUUAGGCUUAUUAACAAACUGGACACCGAGCCUCAGUGGGUGCCAUCCACCUGGCUAAGGUGAAGGAAAUGGCUGUUCUGUGUCAUCAUGAUGAGCUUUAUUUGAUAAACCGCCAACAGGAAGAUGGCCUUAACGCUGAGAGUUAAUCUCCUACACUAGUGAGAAAGGCCCGUUAGGCAAUUUGUACACAACACUUCCUGCACAUUGCUUUAGGGGGCCUUGACUUGUUUGGAGAUUUAAAAUGGAAACUUUCUUCAGAGCAUUUCUGAUUUAUGUUUUCACCUUUCUUGCCUCUUGGUCAGAUGUCUAUAAAAAAAAAUGUAUAUAUAUACGUAAUAUACCAUUGUCUCACUUAGGUAUGAAUACUAACAUUAUUUAACAUUUAACUUAAAUGACUUCAUGGGAUUAUUGAGAGAAGGGGCUGUGCUUCUGUGCACUGAGAAUAACAGUAUUUUCUUAAACUGAUUUAGUCAUCAGAAAUAUUUCU